GCGUCAGAGCGUCUAGGUUACCCAGUGCUACCAUAGCAACAUUCCAUAUUUAGUAUGCUGGUGAGCGCACAGUGCGACCCGCUUGUACCUGGCUGUGUUUUAUCGAUAUUACAAAUCAUAGUCGACUGGGAUUGAUUGGAAGUGCGUGUUUGUGUUCUCAUAUUUUAUGCCGGCAAGAUGUCCCUCCUAGGUGGUGAGAGCAUUAAAAUGCUUCAGAAGCUUUUGAAAACCAGCAACGAUGACUCGUCGGAUGAGGAAACCCAGCAGGAUGGUCCACAAUUUGGGCCUGGAGACAUCGGCGAACCUGUGGCGAAACCAAGCAAAAAGAAGAUCACCACUGUUGACCCAACGGAGCAUAUAACACCGUGCACCUAUGCGCCACUGCAACCGUCAGCGGUACCCGAUGAGAAACCGCAGACACUCGAGGAAUGGGAAUUGCAGCAGCAGUGCGAGGCUGAAGCCUUGUUCGAAACUCGAAAGCGGCCCGAGUAUAGGAUAUCGUAUCGCCAGACGGUGGCCACUGAGGAUAUCUAUCUGCAGAUGAAUUGUAAAUCUCCCAGUACGGCCAGUUGCGAAAAUAUGAUUAUCGAUGUGUAUCUGACCGGCGAAGAGGACACGAUCGGCAUACAUCAUAUUGAGUUGGCGGUUAAGCAGCAGGGUAUAGUAGUGGCCACCCCGAAGUAUCGGCUGGAUCUGGUGCUACCGCACCGCAUCGAUCCGGACAAGGGUAAUGCGGCCUGGCUCUCGGACGUGAAAACACUGCGGCUCACCUUGCGGAUGAUGCGAGAGCUAGAUUUUGUCAAUUUUUAAGCGAACGCCGCAACCAGUGGCCUUUCAUCACGAUCCAUGAACGAAAUUGAAAGCAAUGGCUUCGGGAGGU